AUGCAGAUCUUGGGCUUCAGUUCUGUAAACUUACAAUUUCAUAGCUUCAUUUUUGCGAUUGCUAUUGCAUCGUGCUUUGUACGAGUCUCCUCAUCAUCAAAUGAAACUGACAAAUCCGCAUUGCUUGCAUUCAAGGCUGGGAUAACUGAGGACCCCUUUGGGGUGCUUAGCUCCUGGAAUAAUACCGUCAACCUUUGCCAAUGGUAUGGCGUCACAUGCAGUCGCCGGCACCCCAACAAAGUCACCGUGUUGGCCCUGUAUUCUCAGAAACUCUCAGGGUCUAUCUCCCCUCAUAUCGGGAACCUUAGCUUCUUAAGGGUAUUGUUGCUCUAUAAUAAUAGCUUUUACCAUGAAAUUCCUCCGCAAAUCGGGCGGUUGCACCAGUUACGCAACUUGUCGCUAGCCAAUAAUUCUCUCACAGGUGAAAUCCCCAAGAACAUAUCAGGUUGCCUCGACCUCUUCAAUGUCGAAUUGUCUGGAAACCAAUUGAGUGGAGAAGUGCCUCUAGAAAUAGGUUCUAUGGCGAAGCUUCGCUUUCUUUAUGGAUCAGAAAAUAAUCUAAGAGGAAGUAUCCCUUCUUCAAUUGGCAACUUGUCAUCAUUGGAGGAGGUUUGUCUUGACAAUAAUUACUUAGGCGGGAGUCUUCCUCGGGCUCUAGGCCAACUGACCAAACUAUCGGCACUUGUUUUCCCACAGAACAGGUUGUCUGGUACGGUUCCACCUUCGCUCUUCAAUUUAUCUUCAUUGAAAGGACUUGACAUAGGUUAUAACCAAAUACAUGGAAGUCUUCCCACUACAAUAGGCUUUGGUCUCCCCAACUUAGAAUUUUUCAGCAUCGCUUCAAACCAAUUUGUUGGCUCAAUCCCUCCGGGGAUACCUAAUAAUGCUACAAAGCUAAGGGUAUUUCAACUUGGAACCAACAGACUCUCUGGGAAAGUACCAUCUUUUGAAAGUUCGCAUAACUUUCAAAUUUUUAGCAUUCAACUUAAUCACCUCGGAAGUAGGGGAUCUGGUGACUUGAAAUUCCUUUGCUCAUUAACCAAUAUGACUAGCUUACUUGUCUUAAGUGUUGCUGAUAAUAGAUUUGGUGGGCCAUUACCGAGAUGCAUUGGUAAUCUCUCCAUUGCUAUCAAACAAUUACUUUUCGGACGAAAUCUUAUCAUUGGCGAGAUUCCUAGAGAAAUCGGCGAUCUUGUGAACUUAGAGAUCUUGUCAAUGGAAAACAACAAUUUUUCAGGUGCUAUCCCGAUUGAUUUGGGAAAUCUUCAAAAUCUGGUGAUUAUGAGUCUCUACUAUAACAAUCUAUCAGGGGUAAUUCCAUCCUUUUUGCAGAAGAUGAAGCGAUUGUUAAAAUUAUAUCUUUCCAAGAAUCACUUUCAUGGACACAUACCUUCACAUCUAGAUAAUUGUAGUCUAACGGAGCUCGAUCUUUUCGACAACAAUCUCAGUGGUUCCAUAUUCCCAGCGGUCAAAACUCUCCUUUAUUUAAAUUUGUCUAACAACCAUUUGAGCGGGGCUCUUCUGGUGGAAGUGGGGCAAAUUGACCAUUUAGAUACUUUGGACAUCUCAGGCAAUAUAUUCAGUGGUGAAAUUCCAAGCACUCUAGGUGAUUGUAAUGCAUUGGUAGUAUUAGUAAUGAAUAAUAACCACUUCCAAGGAUCCAUUCCUCAAUCAAUUAGCUCAUUAAGAAGUAUUGAGGAAUUGGAUCUUUCGAAUAACAAUCUCUCGGGUGAGAUUCCGAAGGUGCUUCUCGUUCUCAUUUUUGUGUAUGUAUGUUGGUUGAAGAAGAAGAAAGCACAAGAACCAACUUCAAGUUCCGUAGCCGAAAGCUGGCAAAACUUAUCUUAUGGAACUCUUCUCAAAGCAACUAAUGGUUUUUCUUCAACUAAUUUGAUUGGUCUUGGUAGUUUUGGAUCCGUUUACAGGGGAAUACUCCAGGAGAAUGGGACUAAUGUUGCCGUGAAGGUGCUUAAUUUAACGUGCCAUGGUGCUCUCAAGAGCUUCAAAGCCGAGUGUGAGGCCCUAAAGUGUAUCAAACACCGAAAUCUUUUGAAGAUAGUAACAGUAUGCUCAGGUAUUGAUUAUAACGGAAAUGACUUUAAGGCUUUAGUCUAUGAGUUCAUGGUCAAUGGUAGCCUCGAAGAGUGGUUGCACCCAUGUCCAAUACCAGCUGAUGCGGAUGGGCCCUCAAAAUUUUUGAAUCUCAUCCAAAGGAUAAAGAUUACCAUCGACAUUGCUUUUGCACUAGAAUAUCUUCAUAACCAAUGCCACAACACCAUAGUUCAUUGUGAUCUAAAGCCAAGCAAUGUGCUUUUAGAUGCAGAAAUGGUUGGACAUGUUGGUGACUUUGGAUUGGCAAAGUUCAUCCUUGAAUCCACUUCUUACACGAACACAAAUAUAAGCUCAGCUGGUUUGAGAGGAACAAUUGGUUAUGCUGCUCCAGAAUAUGGAAUGGGAAGUGGGGUUUCUAUUGAAGGGGAUGUGUAUAGUUAUGGCAUCCUCAUGCUAGAGAUGUUCACAGGAAUGAGUCCGACAACUGAGAUAUUCAAAGAAAAUUUCAACCUUCAUAAUUUUGUUGAGGAAGCUUUGCCAAAACGAGUCCUAGAGAUCACCGAUCCCAUUCUAGUUCAAGAAGUAGAGAGCAAUGCAGGCCAAAGCAGAAAGGGUACAAUCCAAAAUUGUCUGCUAAUGAUCUACAAAAUUGGGAUUGCCUGCUCAGUUGGAGUCCCAAGAGAUCGAAUGAGCAUCACAGAUGUAACAGCUCAACUAUGUUCGAUUAGGGACAGACUUUACGCAGCUGGCUUAUGAGGAUAGGAGUUAUACUAAAGCAAUAAACUCAAUUGUCUGAUAAUGCGAAGAUGGAGCCAUGGAAGUAAUAAGAUCAUCAUGCAGAACCAAAGUGGCUUGGAACCACUAUGGCAUAUGGGAACCUUUAGUUAACUCGAAUUCAAUGACAAUGUCUUCGUCCUCCGGGAGGUAGGGAGACGUGGCAGAAGGUCUUUAUCUCUGAUGCCAAUGUGGGACAACUGCUUCUCUAACGUGUUGUGAGGUUGGUGAAUCGAGUUCUGAUGUAGACUAUGAAUAGUUUAGACCGUGAAGAACAUACGUGUGUUUCAUUAUUCCUUUAAGACGAAAGUUGGCAU